AUGUCAUUCUCGCUGUUGGACUCUGAUGAUGUCAUGUCAUCCAAAGGUAAUUUUGAUUAAAAACUUUUGUAGUGGGUGCCCGAAUGGAAUUACCUUGGUUAAUGACAGACUUGCUAAUAACUGGGCCGUAGGCUCGUAGCAAGCUUUUAAAAGUUAGGGGGCUGUUUCCAGGCAUAGAUUUUCUGGAGUGUGUGUGCCCCCCCCUAUAAAAUAUUGGCGGAAGGCAGACCGCCCACUCACCCAACUCCCCUCCCCCCACCCCCGCGCUUCCAACCACCCUGGCUAAUAUUUUUGCUAAUUAUUUGUCGUCUGUUGUUUUUAUUUUAGGUAGCCACACAGUCGGAGUUGUUAAAGGCCAAGAAAGUUAUGAAUUAUUAAAGGUUCAUUUUCAGAACUAUUUUCGGCAAUUGACAAAAUAGUCAAGGAAGGGAAAAUAACAGUAGAUGAAUGUGAAAUUCCUGUUGAAAUAUUCCUUGGUGGUGAUUACAAAGUAUUAGUCAUAAUCAAUGUUAUGGUCUUGUUAGAUUAAACUUACAGAACUAAUCUCUAAAUUACCCAGAUGCACCAAAUGUGCUUUUUCAUUAUUUUUAAAAUAAUGAUAAAUCAUUACACUUUUUAGUUUCUGUUGUUACUGUUGGGUAUGAAGGGUGCAACAUCAGACCAUGCCUGUAUCUGGUGCACCAUUCACAAGAAAUACAGGUGGGACUUUAGGAUGUCUAUUUAUUACUAAUUGAUAUAAAAUUUUCCCUCUGUAUGAAAAUAUAAAAGAGUUGAUGGUGUAGCAUUUUCCAACUGACAGAAGUCAAUACUUUUUGUGCUAUUAGAUUUGACAUGUCUAAGCUGGAGAAGUUCUACUCAGAGAAACCCAUGGCCAGAACCCUUGAAGAGAUAAAGAAAUGUGCAUUAAUAAGUCAAACUCAUUCUUGUGUCCAUCAACCUUUAUUGAACAUUCCAUUGGAAAAUAUAGUUCUGGAUGAAUUGCAUCUCAUGCUCAGGAUUACAGGUGUAGUUUCUGCUCAUUUUCCCACAGGAGCAGCUUGGUUAGUAUAUAUAAGGGGAAACUAAUAUAGUGUUAACCUCAGGAUUCUGCUACAAGGGCCUAGAUAAGGUACCUUGCAAAAUUUCUCUUCCCUAUUUUCACUAAGGGGCUGUCUAUAUGAGCCCGGUAAAGCUGGCUGGCCCGCUUGGUCGGGCUAGCCCGCUUUGCUUUCACAUGAGGCAGGCUAGCCCGGCAAUCAUAUCUAUUCAUAGUAACGAUUUCCUGCAAUAUUUUAGUGGGAAAAUAUAAUUCGUGUUUAUUUGGCAGAAUUUUAUUUCUGUUGACGGCAACAGCUUCAGGAGGUUUAAUUUCGAUAAAUCCCUAUAGUUUGGACAUUUUAGACUGUUUAUCAGUGGAAUAAAGCACGCAAAUUUCCAGCCCGGCUUGCUGGGCUAGCCCGGUUGUGCAUUCAUAUGAGCGCGGCAAGCCGGGAUCUCACCUCGCUCAAGCGAGAUCCUGGCAAACCGGGCUGGCCCGCUUCUCAUAUGAACCCAAUCCUAAAUUAAUAUACAAACAAUAUGUGAAGCGGGAUCUCGGCACUUGAAAACCAGCCCGGCUAGCCGGGCCAGCCCGGCAGAGCAAUGGCUCAUAUGAACAGCCCCUAAAUCCCAUUAAUGCUAUGCACCUGUAUAGUUUUGUAAGAGCUUGGUAACCACUAGGAUACCAUAUUGAUACCAUUUUGAUUGUUUUGGUACCCCAGUGCAUUGCAUUAUGGAAUUUAAUGAAAAUAGUGAAUAAUUAUUUACAUUUUCUUUGCAUGUUCACAGAUAUCCUUACCAGGAACCUUGUAACAGCAGCAAUAAACUGGGAUAAAGAAGAUAACUUUAAUAAACGGCCUUGCGAAAGAACAAAUAUGCACCUUGAAGCACUUAUCACUGCAGUUAACAACUGCGGAGUGUGUUUUAAGGUUUGGGAGAAACAAAAUGCUGAUGGGGGAGGAAGUGGCACAUAUGAUUUCACCAGCCUGAUGGGUGUAGAUAAAAAGCUCCUGUUAAAAUACCUUCCAGAAAAAUUAGAAGGUGUUAUUAAGGCAGACUUGAGCGAGAAUGUGAUCAAUCUCUGGAAGGUAAGUUUAUUAACUGUGGUUGUUUUUUUCAGACAGUUGCAAUAUGUAAUUAGCUCAUUGAGCUGCACUGCAUUCAAAUGUAGUCCCAUGUAAUUCACACGAAUUACAAUUCAUAAGCACAGAAUCGAGCCAGGAAGGCUUAAAAUUAAAAUUAAAAUUGUAUAUUUUUAUUUUACAAUUACUGCAGAAUUUCUGUGAUCUAUAGUCAAUGCUGGGCAAAAUAGAACCAUCUGAUGAUUUUGUAACUAAUUACUUUGGAAAGGUAUGUUUCUUUCAAAUUUGAAUGUCUUUUCCAGCGCAUAUUUUUCUAACCUUGGAAAUGUUGGCAUAUAUAUGAGUUGCGUUUUAGGGAUAGCUUCCAUUUAUAGAAACAGGAAGUAGGGUCAGUACUAUAUACUGUAUAUAUAUAUAUACAAUUCACCUAGAAAUAACUAUACCUGUCACAAGGGUAGUUACUAUUUUUAGAACUAUAUAUAUAUAUAUAUAUAUAUAUAUAUAUAUAGUUCUAAAAAAAGUAACUACCCUUGUGACAGGUAUAGUUAUUUCUAGGUGAAUUGGAUAUUGGCUUUUCAAACUUAAAAGGUGGUUCCGUUGAUAUACGUUUUCUAUUUACAUGUACAUUUCAGGCAAAGAAAUGGAUACAACUUUUUAAUUCUCUGAGCAGUGUUUAUGAUGGGUACGCCAAAGGAAAUGUCACUCCAUAUAUGCAUUCCAUGGUGUACCAUGUCCCCACAAUGAUGCGAAAGCACAGUGGUAUCAAGAAAUUCACAGGACAAGGUUAGUUAUGACAAACAUUACUUUAAUUACUGUAUAAUAUGUACUGAUAAAGUGAUCAAUACAUGUAUUUUACCAGACUGAGUGUACAUUAUUCAUUAUUCAUAGGCAUUGAAAAGAACAACGAUGACUGCCGAAGAAUUCAUCUAGCUAAAUCUAAUAAGUGGGAUGCUGCUAAUGAUGUCCUUCUUGUUUCCAAGAGAGUAGAAUCCCUAUCAAGCCUUCAUCGUACACCAAGGAUGUACCAAAAGCUAAACGCCCAGUACUGGGACAACGACCUAAAGGAAAAGCGAGCAAAGCUUAAGCGUAAGAUGGAGGAUGAGAAGAAACAAAUGGAUGAAAAUAUUCAUUCAAAUGAUGAGCAGAAUGUGGAGAGUAUGUCACCUGCAGAGCUUCGGGCAGGCUUAGCACAGUAUGGCAUUAAAACUCGCGUAAAAAAUGUAAAACGGCUGCAAGAAAUGUUUCGGUCCUGUUUGCACUAA